GUGCAGCGCGCGGGGCGGCUCGGCAGCAUGGCGUCCGUGACGCUGAGCGAGGCGGAGAAGGUGUACAUUGUGCACGGCGUGCAGGAAGACCUCCGCGUGGAUGGCCGUGGCUGUGAGGACUACCGGAGUGUUGAAGUGGAAACAGAUGUGGUGUCCAACACCAGUGGGUCUGCUAGAGUCAAGCUGGGUCACACGGACAUCUUGGUGGGAGUGAAAGCUGAAAUGGGAACACCAAAGCUGGAGAAACCAAAUGAAGGCUACUUAGAGUUCUUUGUGGACUGUUCAGCCAAUGCUACCCCUGAAUUUGAAGGUCGAGGAGGUGAUGACCUUGGCACAGAGAUCGCUAACACCCUCUACCGGAUUUUUAACAAUAAGUGCAGUGUCGACCUGAAGUCUCUCUGCAUUAAUCCUAGGGAGCACUGCUGGGUUCUCUAUGUGGAUGUGCUGCUGCUGGAAUGUGGUGGAAAUUUGUUCGAUGCCAUUUCCAUUGCUGUAAAGGCUGCUCUCUUCAAUACAAGGAUACCAAGGGUUCGUGUUCUGGAGGAUGAAGAGGGGUCGAAGGACAUUGAACUGUCCGAUGACCCUUAUGACUGCAUCCGACUAAGUGUGGAGAAUGUCCCCUGCAUUGUCACUCUGUGCAAGAUUGGCUAUCGGCAUGUGGUGGAUGCUACUCUUCAGGAGGAGGCCUGCUCCUUGGCCAGCUUGCUGGUGUCGGUGACUAGCAAGGGAGUUGUGACGUGCAUGAGGAAAGUGGGGAAGGGCAGCCUGGACCCUGAGAGCAUCUUCGAGAUGAUGGAGACUAGCAAGCGAGUGGGCAAGGUGCUGCACAACUCCUUGCAGAGCAUUCUACACAAGGAAGAAAGCCUGGGACCCAAGAGACAAAAAGUCGGAUUCUUGGGAUGAUUUGCACAUUAUCUCCUCAACUGUGGAUUAUUUGUUUUUUAUUUUUCCUUUCAAACACAAGUUUGUAUAUAUUUUGAUGAAGUGAUAUGCAUUUAAGGCAACAUUUAUACAUGUAAAAUUAAAGUCUAUUUUCUGAUCUGG